AUGGCCCUCUCCCCACCUCUCGGUCUAAAAUGGCGCAGCUCAUACGCCUUCACCACAUUUGUCGUUGGGAUUGGUGUCGCGACGGAUUUGGUGGUUUAUAGCAUCGUCGUGCCGGUUGUCCCGUUCCAACUGGAGAGACUGGGCUACCAUUCGGUAUCUGCCCUAGCUGGAUGGCUUUUGUUUGCAUAUUCCGCUGGACUGGUUAUCUGUUCGUAUUCGACUCCUUCCGGCCAUUUUUACGCUGAACAGAAUGAAGGCACGAUACCAAUAGCGAUGUUUUCUGAACGCUAUCAAACACGCCGCGCUCCACUUAUACUUGGGUUGCUUAUACUCGUUGGCUCGCAGAUAAUGUUUAUGGAGGCGCCAAACUACGCGGUCAUGUGCAUUGCGCGAGUGCUACAGGGUUGUGGAUCGACUAUGGUUUGGGUUGUUGGGCUUGCCUUGUUAUGCGACUGCACCCCCGAACAAUUCAUCGGGAGACAACUCGGGCUAGCCAUGGUUGGAAUGUCCGUCGGUUUCCUGGCCGGUCCACCGAUUGGCGGCGCAGUCUACAGUCGAUGGGGCUGGCGGGGCCCUUUUAUCUUUGGGAUCAUUAUGGCCAUGUUUGACCUCGUUGGGCGACUCUUCAUCAUCGAGAGAAAAGAUGCUUUGAAGUAUGGCUUCGAUCCAGCCGCCGUUACUCACACGGCGGAGGAAGAAAAGGCGCCAGAAACACUGGAAACACCAACAGUCACGAACAACAUCUCCCUUAUAAGUGUCAUUGUGAGACUGUGCAAGUCAUCCAGAGCACUUGUGACUCUGGCGCUCACUGGACUGUUUGGGUUAAUUUACAGUGCGCAAGAACCCACGCUCCCCCUACAUCUCCAAAGCGUUUGGGGGCUUGAUUCAGCUAAAGUGGGUCAGAUUUAUAUCGCCAGUAUAGUGCCAACUCUCUUCUCCGCCCCACUUUCUGGGUUCGCCACAGACAAGCUAGGUGUCGAGUGGUUAUCUUGCAUCUGUUUCGCCCUAUCGGUGCCAUGGUGGGCCGUGCUCAUUGUGAGACAAAGUCUUGUGCUGUUCAUUGUGGCAUUGGCGCUCGGAUCGUUUUUCGUUAGUGGUGUCAUAUCUCCACUAAUGGUAGAACUUGCAACAGUUGCCCGUCAGAUUGACGAUGGUCAUGUCUAUGGCUCAUUCAAUCUCGUGUACGGCAUUGGUUUGUCCCUUUUUCCCCCUCCGUUGUUUACGCUGAUCGUUGGCCUCGUGACCCAAGGAACGACACUCGGGCCUGUCAUCGGUGGACAGAUGUACGCCCAUUUGAAGGAUGGGUGGACGGCGAUUAUGAUUUUAACUGCUGUUGUUCUGGCUUUGUGUUGCGGUCUUGGGUUUAUGUACAUCGGCGACAAGCCCUUGGGCAAACGACUGUUGAUGCGCCAGAAUCGAGAUUAG